CCCAGAUGCUGGAGGGUUCGCUGCCAUGAACUGCCGCCUUUGAGCUCCAGCUGAGCUCCAGUGGCCUUGCAUCGAUCAAAGUCAUCGAUGGGACAGAAGAGUAGCGUGCCUAAGGGCAACUUGGCGCAACGGGGCGUCUCCGGUUUGGCGGAGGGCGUGGAUAGCCUCACUGGUGGAACUUCUGCGCAGCACUUCGUGGAUCGCAACGGCCUAGGAACACCGAAACAUGGACCUGUUUGGAAGCUGCGAUCCUGGGAUAUCCUGGCGAAGGAUGAGUGCGAGCCAUGGUUGAUUGGCUAUGCUCUGGGAAAGUUCAGAGGUGCCAACCGGGAAGCCGAAAAGCUGACGUAUCGGCUCAUGCCCGGCCCGUACUGGGGAUUGCUACAAAAGCUAGAUCAACUGACGGAGCCCUUAGCCGUGCGCUCGGCCAUGGGCAAACUGCCCAGUAAUGAUGACGUGCGACGCCUCGCCAAUGUGAUGACAUCCAUCGACGAGAUCAAGCAGGGCAGCAUGUGGGACACCGACAUGACAGACCAAGGUGCGAGAAUGUGGGGCGAACUCUCACACGAUGAGGCCUUGAGAAUUGCUCAUGCCAUCCGCCGGGUGCAGUCUUUCGCGCACUUUCUCUUCUCUGCCCGGUGGCGCAAAACCGCGCGAUGUUGCGUUGAAAUGGGGGCACCAAAGGAGCCAGCAUGGGAUUGGUAG